AUGCGCCUCAUUCAGAACAUGUGCACCAUCGCCGAGUACCCGGCCGCGGGCAGCGCCGCCGCCGACUGCUGUCCCGGCGCCGCCGGCCGCCGCCUCGUCAAGAUCGCCGUGGUGGGCGCCAGCGGCGUGGGCAAGACCGCUCUGGUGGUCCGCUUCCUCACCAAACGGUUCAUCGGCGACUACGAGAGAAACGCAGGCAACCUCUACACCAGACAAGUCCAGAUAGAGGGCGAGACCCUGGCUAUUCAAGUCCAAGACACUCCAGGAAUUCAGAUCCAUGAGGACGGCCUGAGCUGUAACGAACAGCUGAAUGGGUGCAUCCGCUGGGCAGACGCUGUGGUCAUCGUGUUCUCGAUCACCGACUACAAGAGCUACGAACUCAUCGGCCAGCUCCACCAGCACGUGCAGCAGCUGCACCUGGGCACCCGGCUGCCCGUGGUGCUGGUGGCCAACAAGGCCGACCUGCUGCACAUCAAGCAGGUGGACCCUCAGCUGGGCCUGCAGCUGGCCAGCGUGCUGGGCUGCUCCUUCUACGAAGUGUCCGUCAGCGAGAACUACAACGACGUCUACAACGCCUUCCACGUCCUGUGCAAAGAAGUGAGUCACAAGCAGCAGCCCAGCAACACGCCCGAGAAGCGCAGGAGCUCCCUCAUCCCCAGGCCCAAGUCGCCCAACAUGCAGGACCUGAAGCGGAGGUUCAAGCAGGCGCUGUCGGCCAAAGUGAGGACUGUCACCUCCGUCUGACCAGGGGACGCUCGGGCCGCCCUGGGACCAGCGUGAGGACGGAGGCCGAGUGCUGGCCGCGAUGCUGGCUCUGGGAAGGGCCACGUGGGGCAGAGCAGGGGCAGGGUUUCCGGGGCCUGAGCGGGGCCGCUCUCUGGGUCUGAGACGUGGAUGCCGUGCGCGUCAGUUUUUAUUCUUCCCACCGCCGCGUGAAUGACGGUCCUGGUGUUCUCGCCAGAUAUGUGGAAGUGACUUAGGGUGGGAAUGAAACAGAGAGCAGAUCGAGUGUGUACGGGCUCUCCCUUACCCCUUUAUCUUCUCCCAAGAGGAAGGCCUGCUUUCCUCUCUUUGGAUGGAUUGUGGAAUGUGUUUCUAACCUGAAAGGUACCCGGGUUUCUUUAAGAACAAGGAAGACAGCCCCACUGAAGGUCAAGUCCACGGGCCCAGUGCCCACACGGUCUGCAGGCAGCCCCAGUUCCUCCUGGUCCCAGGCGGCUGUGCGGCGAUGGGUGUGGGUUUAGUUGUGAACCCCAAACUCUCCAGCCCCGGACUCUGACUAGCGACGAGACUGUGCCGUACGGAAAGUAACACAUCCGUUGGUUUUGGUGUUAUUUGUGUAACGGCUCCCGCCAGGGACAGUGGUUUGCUUCCUAGGCCUGGCUGAGCCGUGGCGGUGAGGGCUCAGUGCAAAACCACCACCCUGCGGAGCGCGAGCCGCGGCAGGUGCUGCCCCGAGUCCUCUACACAGAUGCACUUUAAGAAGCCACUCAUGCUUUGACUUGAACAGUCAUUAAUUUAUUUUAUGUACAAUAAAUCUUUUAAAAAGA